GAUAAUAUGAUUGUUAGUUGUAAUUUAACUAUUGCAUGAUAUAAUAUUUCACUAUUAAAAAUGUGUGAUAAAAAAAAUUUUGAAAAGGACUCAGAUAAAUAUGAUUGUUACAGAAAUGAAUGUUUUUCCACAAUUUACGAUUACAAUGCGUUGUCAAUUAUUAAAACAAGAUUUCCUAAACUCAGUGUAAGAAACUAUUAUACCAUCCAACCCAGUUUCGUUGAAAACAAAGUAUAUGAAGAUAUUUUAAAAUCAUAUAAUUUAUGGCAGUAUUACGUGAAUUUAAGAUCUGUUCCAGAUAAAAUGAUAUCAGAGUUUAGUAAUUCUGAAGAAAAUUAUUUAUGUACAGCUGUUUUCGGACAAUAUAUUGCGCUAGCAACUGUUUCAAAUGUAAUUAUUUAUACUUACAAAGACUUAAGAAUCGUACCUUAUCAUUCCUUCAAUAUUAUGAUGAAUUUAACAGUUACUGAAUUAAAAUUUUUUUAUUUUGAUGACAGAAAAAGUCAUUGCUUAUGUUUAAUUGCAACUUCUACUGCAAGAGCAACAAUGGCUUGGGAUGUAGAGAAAAAAAGACCGCUUACUUUUAAUGAACACGCAGACCAUUUAUGUUCUGGAACAGCGCGUAAUUUCUACACGUCAUGGAAUCUUACUAUUAAUAAAUAUAAAAUAGAAUCUGGUGUAGUGAAGGUUGAAAGUACUAUAAAUUUAGAUGAUUUGACAAAAGAUGGAAGAAAACUUUUGCUCAAUGAUAUUGAACACCUGGAUCCAAAAAUUAAAAAUUUUGGAAAAAUAGUAGCUCUUGAUUCAAGUGAAAUGGAUAUCUUUGCACUGGUUUGUCGUGUAGACCAAGGAAAGCUUGUUUUGAAACGUUUUGUUUUUGAAGACAUUUUAUUAAUUUGUACUCAUGGCGGAUUACUUUAUGACCGAAUGAAUCAUUACUUACCAUUACCCGAAGAAUUUAAAAAAGACAAAACAAAAUUUUAUCUUACGGUUGAUGAUUAUGUGAUUUGCACUUGCGGUCACAAACUUGCUAUUUACGAUGCAGUAAUAAAUAAUUGGGUAGUCCACGACGUAUUUGAAGAAACGAAAUACGUAGAGACUUUGAUUAUUCACUCGAAUUUACUUCUCUUGGGUCUUAAUACUGGAGAAAUUUAUGCUUAUGACGUCAGUAUUCCAUACAAUAUGUUGAAGAAAAAUUUUUUCUAUCCAGACCCAGAUAGCGAGUUUAAAUACACAAUUAAUCUCAACGCCGGCCGGAUCAUUGCAUUUAAUAUUCAUGAACAUGAAAUGAUGAUAAAUGACGAAAAACAUUUUUUUCCUUUUCUUCUGAUAACAACUGAAAGACAAACUUACCUUUUAAAAUACAAUUAAACAAAUGUUUCUAAUGAUUGACAGGACCGCAGAAAUCCUUUAGAUAGACUACUUGACUUUUUGAAUCCAUCGCCUCAUCACUGAUUUGUACUUUACUUUGAUCAAUUACUUAAAAAAUUACUGUGUUCUUUUUUUUAAAUUUAAUUUUUAUAAAUAAAACAAAAAUCUUUCUUGAUAAAUCUGUUAAUUGUAAAAAAAAAUUAAAUUAAGGAAUAUAAGUAAAUAAAUAAAUGAAUAUCGAAUGUGACGAUAAUGAAUCAUUACGAAGCAU